AUGGGUAACAACCAAGUGUUUGCCGUGACGGUUUUCUUCAUUAUUUUCCGAGAAUGCCUUGAAACGACGGUGGUCGUUUCGGUUCUGCUGGCGUUUUUAAAGCAAACACUUGGUGAAGGCGAGGAUCGGACGAUAUACAAACGGCUGGUCAAACAAGUCUGGUGGGGAUGUGCUCUGGGUCUAUUUCUCUGUCUUGCGAUCGGCUGCGGCAUGAUCGGAGCAUUCUAUGGAUUAGGAACCGAUACCUUCUCCAGCACUGAGGACAUUUGGGAAGGCGUUCUGGGUAUUCUUGCUUCAUUGAUUAUUACAAUUAUGGGUGCUGCCCUGCUGCGCGUUUCCAAGCUCCAGGACAAAUGGCGCUUGAAGCUUUCUAAAGCUUUGGCGCAUGACCAAAAUCCCGAUGAAUCUCGGCAUGGUCGCAUGAAGCGAUGGAUGGAAAAAUACGUCAUGUUCUUCCUCCCUUUUAUCACGGUACUCCGUGAAGGCUUGGAGGCUGUGGUCUACGUUGGUGGUGUUGGUUUGGGACUUCCCGCGUCAUCCUUUCCCCUUGCUGUUGUCUGUGGUCUGGCAGCUGGAUUCCUCGUGGGUUAUCUGAUCUACAAGGGAGGACGCGAAACCUCCAUGCAGAUCUUCUUAAUCAUUUCAACCUGUUUCCUUUACCUUGUUGCCGCUGGACUAUUUUCUCGUGGUAUCUGGUAUUUUGAGAACAAUGCUUGGAACAAAAUUAUUGGUGGGGAUGCGUCUGAGACUGGCUCUGGCCCGGGAUCUUACAACAUCAAACAGAGUGUUUGGCAUGUCAACUGCUGUAAUCCCGAGCUUGGAGGCGGUGGUGGCUGGGGUAUCUUCAACGCCUUGCUGGGAUGGACAAACUCAGCCACCUAUGGUUCGGUCAUUGGCUAUAAUAUAUACUGGGUUGCCGUCAUGGUCGGCUAUGGGCUGAUGUUCUACCGAGAGCGCCGUGGCCCCAUUCCCUUCCUUGACCCGGCAAUGCAAAAGGUCGCUUCUGUCAAGGGACGAUCAAAAGCCUUUGUGCUUCGACGGCCUUACGAGGAACCUGAAGCUUUCCAUGAAGUCCAGGGUAGCGGUGGUGUGCAAGUACAAACUAGUACUGAUGAAAAGAAUGCAGGAGGUGUUUCAACUGUUGUUCAGCGCGCCGACUCUUGA